CUCAGGGCCCGCCCAGCAGACCCGGUAAGCGGACUGGUCUCUAACAUCCCCGCGGUCGCCUCCAGGAGCAGCGGGAGCCUCACCGCCGGCAGAGCAGCACAGCGCCGCUCCAUGCCCGCCCGGGCAGGCAUGAUGCCGCCGCUGUACCAGAAGUUCAACCCGCUGCAGAAAGCGAACCUCUGCUCGCGCCUGUUCUUCUGGUGGCUAAACCCCUUGUUUAAAAUUGGUCAUAAACGGAAAUUAGAAAAAGAUGACAUGUACCCAGUGCUUCCGGAAGAUCGCUCCCAGCGCCUUGGAGAAGAGCUGCAAGGGUACUGGGAUCAAGAAGUGUUGAGAGCCCAGAAAGAUGCACGGGAGCCUUCUUUAAUGAGAGCGAUCAUAAAGUGUUACGGGAAAUCCUACUUAGUUUUGGGAAUGUUAACAUGUCUUGAGGAAGGCACCAGAGUAGUUCAACCCAUAUUUUUGGGGAAAAUGAUUAGUUAUGUUGAAAACUAUGAUCCCAAUGAUUCUCCUGCUUUGCACGAAGCCUACGGCUACGCGGCAGGGCUGAGCACCUGCGUGCUCGUGUGGGCCGUUCUGCACCACUUGUACUUCUACCACAUGCAGCGUGUGGGGAUGAGGCUGAGAGUAGCCGUGUGCCACAUGAUCUACCGCAAGGCACUUCGCCUAAGUAGCUCGGCCAUGGGGAAGACCACCACAGGCCAGAUAGUCAACUUGCUGUCCAACGAUGUGAGCAGAUUUGACCAGGUAAUGAUGUUCUUGCACUAUCUGUGGGUGGGGCCACUGCAGGCUAUGGCAGUGACUGCCCUGCUCUGGAUGGAAAUAGGAAUAUCAUGUCUUGCUGGGAUGGCAGUUCUCAUUAUUCUUCUGCUUUUGCAAAGCUGCUUUGGGACAUUGUUUUCAUCAUUCUGGAGUAAGACCUCAGCUCUCACAGAUGACAGGAUCAAGACCAUGAGCGAAGUCAUAACUGGCAUCAGAACAAUAAAAGUGAAUGCUUGGGAAAAGUCAUUUAUAGACCUUAUUACCAGACUGAGAAGGAAGGAAAUUUCCAAGAUUCUGAGACGUUCCUACCUUCGGGGCAUGAAUAUGGCAAUAUUUUUCGCUGUGAGCAAAAUCAUGAUUUUUGUCACCUUCAUCACCAAUGUGCUCCUUGACAACCUGAUCACAGCCAGCCAGGUGUUUGUGGUGGUGACGCUGUUUGAGGCUCUGCGGUUCUCGAGCACCCUCUACUUCCCCAUGGCCAUCGAGAAGGUGUCAGAGGCCGUUGUCAGCAUCCAAAGAAUCAAGAAAUUUCUGUUACUUGAUGAGAUGUCACAGUGCUACCCUCAGCUGCCAUCAGAUGGUAGAACAAUUGUGGAUGUGCAGGCAUUUACAGCUUUUUGGGAAAAGGCAUCAGAGACCCCAACCCUACAAGGCCUUUCCUUUACUGUCAGACCUGGUGAACUGUUAGCUGUGGUUGGACCUGUGGGCGCAGGAAAGUCAUCACUGUUGAGCGCUGUGCUGGGAGAGCUGCCCCCGAGCCAGGGGAAGGUCAACGUCCACGGGAGGAUCGCGUAUGUCUCUCAGCAGCCCUGGUUGUUUCCAGGAACUGUGAAGAGUAACAUUUUAUUUGGGAAGAAAUAUGAAAAAGAACAAUAUGAAAAAGUAAUAAAGGCUUGUGCUUUGAAAGAGGUAUUGGAGAAGGAAAUGGCAACCCACUCCAGUGUUCUGGCCUGGAGAAUCCCAGGGAUAGGGGGAGCCUGGUGGGCUACCGUCUCUGGGGUCGCACAGAGUCGGACACAACUGAAGCGACUUAGCAGCAGCAGCAGCAACAUAAAUGUAAUAAAGAUUUCUCUUUACCCCUACAUCCCCCAAAUCUUGAAGGAAAAGCCAUAAAAAAAGCAACAUUUA